AUGGCCCUCAAACGAAAGCGAUCAUCGCCAGGCUUCUCAUCGCCAUCCUCACUCAGCAGCGAUUCCACAACCCAAUCCAGCCCAUUGCCAUCCUUCUACCACCAAAGCAAACCCAUCGCACCGUUCUAUCAAAAGCCAACAUGGUCCUUCCCGACAUACGACGACACCCUAUCCAGCCAACACCUCAACAGUCGAACCAGGAAACGACACAGAGACAACAGACCGGACGAAGAGCAAAUACAUGCGAGCACGAUAGAUCGAUUAUAUCAAGCGCAAAGACAACAUCCCGAUGCGUCGCCCGUGCUGUCGCAACCCGUCAUCCAAGCACAACAACCGACACAACCGCAACGAAGCACGCUGCAUUCCUUUUGGCGGAUAGGUCAACCGCCGGCUGCGACGAUGAUGGUGGUGGAUUCUGGCCCGAAACAUCUUGAGAGGGUUACCACGCCUCCGAAUUGUGAGGAUUGUGAUCGACCUCUGAGGGCUGAAGAUGCUAUGGAUGUCGAUGAAUAUACCCUGAACCAGGAGACACGGUGUGCGUCCUGCGAACGAUCAAUAUGCGAUACUUGUGCGAUACUGGGUACUGCGCGGACGUGUCUGGCUUGUGCUAGCCGCGGAUAUUGA